AACAAUAAACAACAUGGCCGACUCACUGUUAUUUCUAGCUCUGAAAGGACAUUCAAAACAGCUGACGCUAAGUAACAAAAAUCUUGUGACUAUUCCAAAACUUAUUGGAAAAUUAGAUUUUGUAUGUCAAUUGCAACUGAAGAAUAAUAAAAUUAAAACUCUUCCAUCUGAACUAUGUAACCUUCAUCAGCUACAAAGUUUAAAUUUGGGAAAUAAUAAUUUAGAGGAGUUUCCUCCCAUUCUUCAACAUUUGCCAAGCCUUCAAAGAUUGCAUCUUUUUGGCAAUAACAUAACUAUUAUUGAUGGUAUUUCUUUAAAUGGUUUCAAGCAACUGACAUUCUUAAAUCUUAAUGGAAACAAAUUAAAACAUUUACCUAAGGAAAUUUGCAACCUAAGUAGAAUUCAGCACCUCUCUAUUGACAACAACCAGCUGACUGAGAUACCCGUAGAGUUCUGUGCCUUGAUCACACUGCAAGAGUUUCACGCGGCUGGAAACUGUUUGGUAUCUCUGCCCCUUGAGAUGGGUUACCUGGUGAACUUGGAGAAACUUUAUUUACAGAAAAAUAAAAUCAGGGAAUUGCCGGAGAGCUUAGGAAAGUGCUACAAACUCAGGUACCUAGAUGUUGCUGCAAAUGAGUUACGAAUAUUUCCAACAGAACUUUCUAGUCUGCCACUGAAAGAGCUGUACUGUGAGGAAAAUCCCUUGUUGAAUAAUAUACCUGUACAUUCAGUACAAGAAGAGGAAGUUCUGUCCCUUAAGGAACUUUGUGCCAGAUUUGUUAUGCAAGAGCUAAAAGACAGAUGGUCAUCCAUGCGUAAAGCUCUCCGCUUCUACCCAGACAUACGUAACAUGCUGGCCCAGUCCAGUAAAUGUGCGCUGUGUGGCGCCCCCUUUCUCAACACCUGGCUGGAGUGUGUCAAGUUUGUUGAUGCCAAGAAGGACCUGAAGCUGGUCUCUAUGUCUGGUCCAAUCCCAGUCCGAGCUCUCCUCUGCUCAUACAAAUGUUUCAACUCCACUGGACACAGCUACUAUGGUGUUGCCUUCCCCUAGCAUCCACAUUGGACAUGGGUUUUUUUUUUACACUCUAUGCAGAAAUGUGUACAUAAAAUGAUAUUUUUUCAAGUGAUUCAAAAUCGAAGAUAAGAGAAAAAAAAAUUUUCAAAUCUAAACCUAAAAAGUACAGGGCACCAUCAGUAAAUUUUAAAAAAUCCUACUGGAGCCUUGUAAUCUAAGGGAACAAAUGUCUGUGAUAAAUGUUACUUUCAGUUUGUUACAUGCUAGACUAUGUACAGUUAUGAAAAUAUUUUUUAAGUAUUAUUUCUGGACUUGUGUGAUUUAAUGUAAAUAUACUCGUUUUCUUUUUUAAAUAACCAGUAUUAUUUUAUGUUUAUAUCAAGGUGAAUGUCAACUGUUAUAAAAUAAUUUCCUGUUAGAAAAAAAAAAUUGUACUCUAGUUCUGUAAGGGUUAAGGUUUGUUAUUGGUUUUUAAGGUGGAAUAAACCUAAUUUUUUAUUUUUUCAAGCCCAGGUUAUCUGUGUAUUGUAAAUAUGAACAGGUUUUAUCUCAACUUUAUUUAUUGUGUGGAGGGUAGGGAAAGUCUAUUUUAAGUGGCUGUUGUAUUGCUGCCACCAUAAAACAUAACAACCAAUAAAACUGGAUGAUUUAAUUGUCUGAAAAAAUUGUUUAAAAAAAGGGAAGUUCCGUGCAAUAUUUAAAUAGUUGGGAGUUGUAAACUAGAAAGAUUACUUAGUGUUCACCUCUCCAACACAAGAAGUUGAGUUAAAAUAACAUUAGGCAAUGUUGUAAAAUCCAGGUGGAACAAAUUCCUUAAUUAUUUAUUGCUUUAAGUUGCACACCUGAUAUUAUUGAGUUAUCAAUAGAACUACAGCUGUUUCAGAAAUUUUACUAAAAGGUUUAAUCAAGUUAUGUAAUUAUUGAUUGAAAAGUGUAUUUACCAUGUUGUAUAUUUUAAUUUCAUUGAUAUAUUUAUUUCUCCAAACAACUUUAAAAAACUACUGCUAGCUCAUGCAUUUUUAUUUAUAGCUGAAGUUGUAACUGAUUUUUUCAAGAGGGAGUACCGUAUCACAUAUACAGCUAUAAAUGAAAAAAAUUGAAUAAGCUACUUAGAUGCAACUAAAUUUUUCAUGCUUAACAAGCUUGAAAAAUCUAUGUAAUCAUACAAAUUAUUUUUUUAAAUCGUAAAAAAAAAAUGGCAAGCAAUAAAAUUAUAGCUACAUUUUCAAAAAUUAAAGCAGGUUGGGAACCAUCGAUUACACUCAUUUUCAAAUUUUUGUAUUGAAUAUAAGACAUUGAAAAUAAUUUUAGAAUUAUUUAAUCAAUUCAGAUAUUUUUAAAAACCGCCCUCAACCUCUCAUGAAGUCAACCAGAGUGGCCAGGGAAAGUAAAACAAUAAAAGUCAGAACAAUUGUUUUCCAUGAUAAAAUACACAACAGGGGUCAAUGGGGUAUAGCCUAGUAAUUCAUUUGAAUUAUAUAAAAUGUAAGUCCCCUAUCACCACCACACCCUGACUCUACUAAUACAUAUUUUUAAAAUAUGGCCUUAAUAAAUUAGAAGUCAUUUUGUACUUAUUUCUCAAAUGUUAUGAAAUAUUCAAUUUUGGUUGAAAAAUAAGCUUUCUGGCAACAGCUAUUUGGAAACAUUUUUGUAAGCCUGUUGUGUAGUUGUUUUAUACAGUAAAAAUUAGAGUUAAAAUAACUGUUGUUUUGUAUUGUAAGGUAUUUAGCCUGCCAUGUUUUUACUAUUGUAACAUUUUAUUCCUUGAACUUGAAAGCAUUUUUAAGUGUAUAAAAAUGUAAAUAAUAAAACAUUCCAUUCUUACAGCUGUACCCUGGGUUCUAAA